CAUACCCGUCCGCCCCGCCGAGUGUCCAGUCACUCCACCCAAUCACAGCAGCGGGGCGGGGUUAACUCCGCCUCACCUCGAGUCACAUCACAAAUACACACCACCGCUGCGCUUACUACUCUUCAGCCCGCUUUUUAGGAACUAUUUCUCAACUUUUCACUACUAAAAGUUACCACAGCGAUUAUGUUUUGAUUUUAACAUAAGCUGGGCGUUUUUCUUUAUAUUCGAGGGAGUUUUACAAAUGUCAAAUGGGUUAAAAAGAGAAAUUUAAGAUUAGAAGCGAAAUAACGGUCCUUAGCUGCUAGUUGCUAACAUGGCUAAUAGCAACAGGUUUGGGGAUUGUGAUUCUAGCGGCUAACGCGUUUAUUACGGGAAUAAACGAACAUGGAGUGUGCAAAUUUCGCCAAAUACUCGUGGGUAGACUUGGCUUUCUCUGUGAUCGGAGUGUGUACUUUUUUGGUGGAUUGGGGUUCGGAUAUCUGGGUGGCCACGGAGUUUUAUUGCCGGGGAGACGUGCUGUGGUUCGGGGUGCUGGUGGGACUCAUGGCGCUGUCCUCUGUGGUGGUCCAAAUGUUCAGCUGGUUCUGGUUCCAGUACGACCGGGAGCUGCCGGGGUUCGGCGGGAUCAGCGGGCCCGGGGGAGACCCUCAGGCCGGUGGGAGUGCGGUGAUGUUCGGGGACAGAGUUAAGUUAUCCUGCCUGCUCCAUGUGCUGCAGCUCGGAUUCCUCUGCAGGCACUUCUGGGUGAUCUGGCAGGGCUUUCGAGUUUGGUGGAGGAAGGAGGAGGGGUCGGAGUAUGCGGUGUAUUUGACCCAUGACCUCAGCAUGCUGCGACUUAUCGAGACAUUUUGUGAGAGCGCCCCCCAGCUUACUCUCAUGAUAUAUGUCAUGCUGCAGACCAACAAGGCACGAACUGUGCAGUUUGUGAGCAUCGCUGCCUCCACCACUUCUAUGGCGUGGAUGGUCGUAGAUUACCACCGCUCCCUUCGCUCCUUCGUCCCCGACAAAGCCAAACAAACCUGGUCUUCCUCUUUGGUCUACUUCCUGUGGAACCUCCUCCUCAUCUCUCCACGCGUCGCAUCCCUCGCUCUCUUCUCCUCCGUCCUGUCCUCUUACAUUGCUGUCCAUUUCACUCUCCUGUGGGUUGUUUUUGUGGCAUGGGUUUGGAGACAGAAGACAGAUUUUAUGGACAGUCAUGCAGGAGAGUGGCUGUACCGUGCGACCGUUGGGCUCAUCUGGUAUUUCAGCUGGUUUAACGUGGCAGAAGGUCAAACGCGUGACCGGAGUAUCAUUUAUCAUUCGUUUAUCACUGUUGACUGUGCGAUUCUUCUCACGACAUGGUGGCUUUACAGAGACCCGAUCGAAAGCCAAUCGUAUUCUCUGGCUUUAAUAAUCUCUCUCCCCCUUGUUUACAUAUCCGGGCUGUUGCUUAAAACUUUGUACUAUUGCUGCUUUCAUCCAAAGCUAUGGAGGCCUCCGCAGAGAGAUCCAGUGCUCCCGGACGACUUACCCGAUUCGGAAGUGAAAUUUCGGGACAUGUCUGCACAGGACGGCAGCCUCUCUCAGCCACUGGUCAAUAAACGCAUGGCUGUGCUAGCGACAAAUUUUUACUCUGAGAGGAGAGAGCUGGAGAGUGCCACUACCAAGAUGAAAGUGGAAUCACACAUUUAGUAGGAGAUGGGAAAUUGAUACUUUACAGUGAGAUCACGCUGGGGGUGUUCUACAUGUAUCUCUAUUGGUGGAGUGUUCAGCUAUGGUUACCAUAGUGACACAAUGCACACAUUAGUAAACACAGACAAAAAAAAAAAAAAAAAACACAAAAUGGAUUUAAACGGCACAUUUUCAGGAGCCUGUGAUCAACAUGAGCGUUGAUGGUCCUGUUUAGAACUGAAAAACUCUUGGCUAAUUCUAGCUAGAUUGUGACUGUAAUUGUAUUUAUGAGAGACGUGUUUAACAGCACAAAUCAGCUCACCAACCAAUUCCAGUUCCAACCAAGCCAGUGGUGUCUGGUCACA